CACUAACAACCCAUUCAUGAAAAGUUUGUUGCAACUUUGCAAGAACAACUGAACAAGCAUCGAUAAAAAGGGUGCGAGUUGUGUGUGAAAUAAUUGAAAGUUAGAGAGAGAGAGGGUGUUUGUGUGUGUAAGUGUCCUAACUAAAAAACACAAAAUGGAGGUGGAGAGAGUACAAGCCAUUGCUUCACUAUCCAAGUUCACAGACACCAUCCCAUCGGAGUACAUUAGGUCAGAAAAUGAGCAACCAGCGAUCACAACCUUCCAUGGUGUGGUCCUGGAAGUUCCGUUGAUCGAUCUGAGUGGUCCGGUCGACGAGAGCCUGGUCCGGGCCAUUGCGGAGGCGAGCCGGGAGUGGGGGAUAUUCCAGGUGGUGAACCAUGACAUACCAAAUGAGGUUAUAAGCAAAUUACAGAGAGCUGGGAGAGAGUUCUUUGAGCUCCCGCCAGAAGAGAAAGAGGUGUAUGCUAAGCCUCCUGGGGCUCAGACUGUGGAAGGCUAUGGCACAAAACUACAAAAAGAAGUUGAAGGCAAGAAAGGUUGGGUUGAUCACUUGUUUCACAAGAUUUGGCCUCCUUCUGCCAUUAACUACCAGUUCUGGCCUAAAAAUCCACCUUCUUACAGGGAGGCAAACGAAGAGUAUGCAGAGAAACUGCUUGGUGUGGACAAAUUGUUCAAGGGCUUGUCAUUAGGGCUAGGGCUUGAAGGCAAUGAACUGAAAAAGGCUGCUGGUGGUGAUGACUUGGUUUACCUUAUGAAAAUUAAUUAUUACCCACCAUGUCCUCGUCCUGAUCUGGCUCUUGGAGUGGUGGCUCACACUGAUAUGUCUACUCUGACCAUCCUAGUGCCCAAUGAGGUUCCAGGACUACAGGUGUUCAAAGAUGACCAUUGGUAUGAUGUCAAGUACAUACCCAAUGCCCUUAUCAUUCAUGUUGGGGACCAAAUUGAGAUUUUAAGCAAUGGGAAGUACAAGAGUGUGUUCCACAGAUCAACGGUGAACAAAGACACGACGAGAAUGUCGUGGCCGGUGUUCUUGGAGCCGCCACCGGAGUUUGAGCUCGGGCCUCUUCCAAAGCUUGUCAAUGAAGAGAAUCCACCAAAAUACAAGACCAAGAAGUACAAAGACUAUGUUUACUGUAAGCUGAACAAGCUUCCCCAGUGACCUGCACUUUUGGCAACUUAUCGAUCGGUUUUGGCCAAGUAGUAUAAGCAGUAAUCUUAGCAAGCUCAUGUUGUUGAGUCUAUAUUUGUGGAGGUUGCCGUGAAAUAAAUUUGUUAAUUCAUAAUUAAUCUAUGUAGUAUGCUUAAUAAAUAUAUGUCCCACCCUUCAAUUUCAAACAAA